GUGCACGUCACGCCUGUGUCCGCCAUCUUGGAGCGUACCAUUAGUGUCUGUGAGGAGGGGGUGGAUGUUUGUGUGUUUGGGCUGGCUGGCUGGCUGUGUAUCCGCUCGCCCCGUGUGUCUCCCCCCCCCCGGCAGGCGGUCAGUCAGUCAGUGCGGGCGGUGUGCAGGUGGUAUCGGCCGGCUCGCGGUGCAGUCUGGGAGGAGGAGCUCGCUGGCUGGCUGGCUCGGUCGGUGGGUCAGUCAGUCAGUCAGUCAGUCAGUAGGUCGCUGCUCGCUCGGUCUCUCCCCCUCCCCCCCUCCAUCCCCCGAUGGCUCUGUGCGGGGAUGUGGGCGCCUCGUCCCUCCCCAGCGAGCUCAUCGUUCACAUCUUCUCGUUCCUGCCGGCUCCGGACCGGCUGCGGGCCUCGGCCUGCUGCUCGCACUGGCGGGACUGCCUGUUCUACCCGGCGCUGUGGCCGGAGCUGCGGCUGAGCCUGCGGGUGGCGCUGUCCGAGCGGCCCCGCCUCGAGUUCCUCAUGCGGAAGUGCGGCUGCUUCGUGCGCGAGCUCCGCGUGGAGUUUGCCGCCGAUAACUACGUGUCAGGCUCCGCCUUCGACCCCGCCCCCGCGGAGCCCGGCCCCGCCUCCCCCACCGCUGCCGCCGCCUCCUGCUGGUGCGAGGACCCCGCGGAGAGCCCGGAACUGCACCCCGGGCCCCAGAGAGACUCCCAGCAAUCCGCCCGCUGGCUGGGGGUCCUGAGAACCUACAUGGAGCUGGUCCUGUGUGUGCUGAGCAGCAUCCGGAGCAACAGGUAAAGGGGGGGGACGGGGGACACUAACCGGGGUAACAGGGGGGUACCUACCGAUAUAACUAACCGGGGUAACACGGGGUACCUACCGAUAUAACUAACCAGGGACACCGGGGUACCUACCGCUGUAACUAACCGGGGGGACAGGGGGGUACCUACCGCUGUAACUAACCGGGGGGACAGGGGGGUACCUACCGAUAUAACUAACCGGGGUAACACGGGGGUACCUACCGAUAUAACUAACCGGGGUAACAGGGGGGUACCUACCGAUAUAACUAACCGGGGUAACAGGGGGGUACCUACCGAUAUAACUAACGGUAACGAAGUACCUACGAUAUAACUAACGGGUAACAGGGGUACCUACGAUAUAACUAACGGUAACAGAGUACCUACCGAUAUACUAACGAGGCGAAGUACCUACGAUACCAACUAACCCGAAGUGGCACCAGAGUACCUACGAUAUAACUAACACUAGAGUAACAGAGUACCUACGAUACCAUAACCUUCGGGAGGUAACAGGGGUACCUGCCAUUAUAACUAACCACCGAAGUACCGAUAUAACUAGCACCCGGGGUAGCGAAGUACCUACCGAUAUAACUAACCCGAGGGUAACCGCAGGGUACCUAGCGCUAUAACUAACGAGGACACGGUACCACGCUAUAACAACAGCGAAGGGGUAACGGUAACUACCGUACCGAAAACGAGGGGUACCGAUAUAACUAACGAGUAACAGAGUACCACUACGCUGCCAACUGCCAGGGUAACGAAGUACCGAUAUAACUAACCGGGGUAACAGGGGGGUACCUACCGAUAUAACUAACGAGGGUAAUAGGGGGGUACCUACCGCUAUAACUAACCGGGGUAAUAGGGGGGUACCUACCGAUGUAACUAACCGGGGUAACACGGGGUACCUACCGAUAUAACUAACCGGGGUAACACGGGGUACCUACCGAUAUAACUAACCAGGGUAACACGGGGUACCUACCGAUAUAACUAACCGGGGACACUGGGGUACCUACUGCUAUAACUAACCUGGAUAACACGGGGUACCUACCGCUAUAACUAACCAGGAUAACAGGGGGGUACCUACCACUAUAACUAACCGGGGACACCUGGGUACCUACCGAUAUAACUAACCGGGGACACCUGGGUACCUACCGAUAUAACUAACCGGGGACACCUGGGUACCUACCGAUAUAACUAACCGGGGACACCUGGGUACCUACCGAUAUAACUAACCGGGGUGACAGGGGGUACCUACCGAUAUAACUAACCUAUAACUAACAGUGGUACCUACCGAUAUAACUAACCUAUAACUAACAGUGGUACCUACCGAUAUUACUAACCGGGGUAACACGGGGUACCUACCGAUAUAACUAACCUAUAACUAACAGGGGUACCUACCGAUAUUACUAACCGGGGUAACACGGGGUACCUACCGAUAUAACUAACGGGUACCUACCGAUAUUACUAACCGGGGUUACAGGAGGUACCUACCGAUAUAACUAACCGGGGUUACAGGAGGUACCUACCGAUAUAACUAACCGGGGUAACAGGAGGUACCUACCGAUAUAAUUAACCGGAGCCACGUGAGUACCUGCCUGUAUAACUAACCGGGGCUACGGGGGUACCUACCUCUAACUAACUUGGGUAACGGGGGUACCUACCACUAUUACUAACCAGAGCCACGGGAGUACCUACCAAGAUAACUAACUGGGACCACAGGGAUACCUACCGAUAUAACUAACCUGGGUAACAGGGGUACCUACUGCUAUAACUAACUAGGGCCACGGGAGUACCUACCGAUAUAACUAAUCGGGGCCACGGGAGUACCUACUGAUAUAACUAACCGAAGCCACGGGAGUACCUACCGAUAUAACUAACCGGGGCCACAGGGGUACCUACCUCUAACUAACCUAGGUAACAGGGGUACUUACCGCUAUUACUGGGCCACGGGGGUACCUUCCUCUAUUACUGGGCCACGGGGGUACCUUCCUCUAUUACUGGGCCACGGGGGUACCUACCGCUAUUACUAACCUGCUGGAUAACAGGAACAACAGGUGAGGGCCACAGGGGUACCAACCGCCAUUACUAACCUGCUGGGUAACAGGAACAACAGGUGAGGGAUCACAGGGGUACCUACCUCUAUUACUGGAUAGUAAGAAAUUGUAACACAGGAAAACUUUGAUAUGUUAUCAAAUAACUCUCCUUUAAACUAUAAGGUACACUCUACACCCCAUAGUCCCUACAACUUAAUGUAUAACUACUCAUCGUAGUGCUUAUGGUACCAUGAGUCUACGGUAGACAUUUUCCAGUUUCCUGUUAAAUGGUUUUGGAGGACUCCAUGCUAGCUCUCAUCUAGCUCCCUGUAGGGACUUCCUCACCUCGCACAUCCGUUCAAUUGAAUUUGUUCAACCUUGCCAAGAAGGCAUGUCGUGAAUUUCUACAAUGUGUUUUACCUGUGGAGCUGCGUUUUGCUAAUUACGCAAUUUGCUUUAUUUUAUAGGAAUCUUCAGAAACUUAGUCUUUUUGGCGAUAUCAGUAUUUUGCAACAAAACGGCACUAUUACAAAAGCCUACCUAAACAAGGUGGAUCCAGGUGGCAAGAAAAUCAGGCAGUAAGUAUGGUGGCUUCCUUUACUUUGCAUUAUUAUUAUUAUUUAUAUAGCGCCAGCAUAGCCCAUAGCGCUUUACAAUAUUAUAAGAGGGGGGAUUUAACAAUAAAUGAGACAAUUACAAAAACUUACAGGAACGAUAGGUUGAAGAGGACUCUGCUCAAAUGAGCUUACAGUCUAUUGGAGGUGGGGUAUAAAACACAACAGGACAGGAGAUAGCAAUCAAAUAAGGUGGGAGUGAAGCAGAGUUGGAGGAGAGAGUAAAGUGCUGCCCUUUUAGAGAGAGCAAGGAACAGGUAUGUGAGGUAGAGGUUACUCUGGGAGGCCAAAAGUUUUCUUAAGGAGAUGGGUUUUGAGGCACUUCUUAAAGGACUGAAGACUAGGGGAGAGUCUGAUGGCAGUAGCCAGGCUAUUCACUAGGAGAAAGGCAGACCGCGAGAAGUCCUGCAAGUGUGAGUUGGCCGUAUGGGUGUGAACAGCGGACAGGAGAAUGUCACGACAGAGCGGAGAGACUGAGAAGGGGCAUACCUAUGGAUCUGUGAAGAGAUAUAGGAGGGGCUAGAAUAAGUCAAUGCUUUAUAGGUAUGGGUUAGCACUUUGAAUUGACUCCUAUAGGAGACAGGAAGCCAAUGCAAGGACUGACAGGGGUGAGUUGUGAGAGGACCGACUAAAGAGGAAAAUCAGUCUGGUGGCAGCAUUGAUUACAGACUGUAGUGGGGCAAUACAACUUUUGGGAAGACCAAUUAGGAAAGAGUUACAAUAAUCCAUUGCGAGAAAUUACUAGAGCACGGACAAGCUUCUUGGUAGCGUCUUGCGUAAGAAAGGGGCAGAUGCGGGCUAUGUUUUUAAGGUGGAAUCUACAGGAUUUGGUCACUGACUGGAUGUGAGGUUCAAAGGUGAGGCCAGAAUCAAUUAUAAGGCCAAGACAGUGUGCUUGCAACGAUGGACUGAUGGGGUUACCACUCACUGAGUAAUGCUUUCCUAUGGGGAGAUCCUAAUGCGAACGUAGCCAUUGCCAGGCAUGCGCAUUAGUUCUCCCCCGUCGGCGGGGAAGGAGCAUGGGUGGAGCUGAGCCAGCACCAAGGGACAUCGGCGCUGGAUCCAGGUAAGUGACUGAAGCGCCGCGGGAGGGGGCCUUGGUUUCCUGGCACUAUAGUUCCCCUUUAAUGGUUUCUCUUUUUAAAGCCUAAAGUUGAAUUCGCUAGUAGAGAAAUGCUUAUAUCCUAGCAAUAUGGGUGUCACAGUAAUGAAGACGGGUAAUUCUUAAAUGCACAGAGCUUCCAAAAGGUUUCCUAACCCUGUGUUGGGCCCGGAUUUGACAAAUCCCAGAUUGCCAUGGCGACUCAGAAUUUUGUCCUGGCGUGUAGGAUGGGUCAGCCCAUUCCAUUCUCCUCCUGUCUCAAUCCCAGUGCAGCUCUCUGUCUGCCGGUGCGCUGGGAUGAAGUGAAGGGAACUGUAAUUACUUCCUCCCGGCGCAGAGGCCGCGCAGGAACUGGUUGCAGGACCCCAGGAAAAACACCCUCCUACAUCCAAAAGAUUUUUUUUAUUUCUUAUUUCUUUGAGAGUGUUUAUCUAUCAUGUGUAUUUGACUGUGUGUCUCUCUAUCUAAGUGUAUCAAAUAAUAAAAACUAUUCUUCGUGUCUGUCAGUCCAGGUGUCGCAUGCAGGGACAGGAUAAAUAUAUAUAUCUCUAUCAGAGCCAAUACAUUAAGCUGUAGUGGUUCUGGUGACUGUAGUGUUCCUUUAAGAAUUGUAUUUUUCUUGUUGGGAAAAAAAAUCUGGCUCCUAGAUUCAAUGCAAAUGUGUCAAGCCUUUUUUUAGGCAUUAAUGGCAUAGUGUGGCACACUAUGCAAAUCACAAGAUGUCCUGAACAUGUGCACACAUGCAUUUCAUCAUAGGACAACGCUAGAGUAUAGGAAACAUGUUCUAUCUCUAUAACAUCUCUACUGCACACCACUUAUUCCUGUAGUUUCCCGUUAAAAACCUGCACAUGCUAAAUUAUUGACAAAAACAUAUUUUCCUGUGUACAUUUUGAAUCACAUGAUAUAAAUCACAAACUUCUUAACUAUUUCAUAAACUCUUUUACCUGGAAUUUCUCUUACAAAAUAAAAUGCUUAGUGUUUAUUGAUAAAACAAUGCAGAUGUUCACCACAAACAAACAAAUAUGCAGGAAAUGUUUAACUGAUGACAGACAGAGAUAUACGUUCAUGGGAUACACAGACACUGAAACAUACUGCUAGGCAUCCCCCAUGCACAGACAGGCAUAUUAUUUACAUAGCACCAGCAAAUUCCGCAGCGCUUUAUAGUGGGUGGGCGAACAGACAUGUAGUUGUAACCAGACAAGUUGGACACACAGGAACAGAGGGGUUGAGGGCCCUGCUCAGUGAGUUUACAUGUUAGAGGGAGUGGGGUAUAGUGACACAGUAACAGAGGGAUUGAGGGCCUGCUCAGUGAGUUUACAUGCUAGAGGGAGUGGGGUAUAGUGACACAGUAACAGAGGGAUUGAGGGCCUGCUCAAUGAGCUUACAUGUUAGAGGGAGUGGGGUAUAGUGACACAGUAACAGAGGGAUUGAGGGCCCUGCUCAGUGAGUUUACAUGUUAGAGGGAGUGGGGUAUAGUGACAGUAACAGAGGGAUUGAGGGCCUGCUCAGUGAGUUUACAUGUUAGAGGGAGUGGGGUAUAGUGACACAGUAACAGAGGGAUUGAGGCCCUGCUCAGUGAGUUUACAUGUUAGAGGGAGUGGGGUAUGGUGACACAGUAACAGAGGGAUUGAGGGCCCUGCUCAGUGAGUUUACAUGUUAGAGGGAGUGGGGUAUAGUGACACAGUAACAGAGGGAUUGAGGGCCUGCUCAAUGAGUUUACAUGUUAGAGGGAGUGGGGUAUAGUGACACAGUAACAGAGGGAUUGAGGGCCUGCUCAGUGAGUUUACAUGUUAGAGGGAGUGGGGUAUAGUGACACAGUAACAGAAGGAUUGAGGGCCUGCUCAGUGAGUUUACAUGUUAGAGGGAGUGGGGUAUAGUGACACAGUAACAGAGGGAUUGAGGGCCUGCUCAGUGAGUUUACAUGUUAGAGGGAGUGGGGUAUAGUGACACAGUACCAGAGGGAUUGAGGGCCUGCUCAGUGAGUUUACAUGUUAGAGGGGGUGGGGUAUAGUGACACAAAAGGUAAGGAUGGUAUUAGACUAAUGACAGUUGCAAGAGAGGAAUCCCAUAUACAAUCACACAUUAACUGCCAUAGUAACCUCAUAUACUGUUAGACACCAAAACAGCAGAAAUAGGCUGAGAGUCACUGCAUUCUCUGCCAAUAACUGCUCCCGAACCCUGGUAUGAUGUAAGAGUGUAUCUCUAUCUCCAUAUAGUCACUGUAUUCUCUGCCAAUAACUGCCUUACACCAUACCAGGGAUCGGGUGCAGUUAUUGGCAGAGAAUGCAGUGACUGUAUGGAGAUAGUUACAUUCUGCCUUACACCAUACCAGGGAUCAGGUGCAGAGUGUAACUCUAUCUCCAUACAGUCACUACAUUCUCUGCCAAUAACUGCACCCGAUCCCUGGUAUGGUGUAAGGCAGAGUGUAACUAUCUCCAUACAGUCACUGCCCAAUAAUUGGGUGUGGGUGUUGGCAAUUCUAAUAACUUUAUCUUCUCCGUGUUACAUUGACACUAGAAAAUAGAAAAGCGCUCGCAAUACGUAUUAAAAUCUAUUCAUAUCAUGAUAAAUCACACUUCACCAUUGCCCUUAUCAGAUGCAUUAACAUUUUAGACCUCCAUUACAAGUACACACUAUAUGUUAAUCAUGGAUUUAAUUUUUAAUUACUAUAAAAUAUUUGUUUUUGUUACAUUAUCUGUUCAUUUGUCAACUGCAUGAAUGAAUAAAGUAGUCUCUCCUUGAUUUCUAUUGGCCCUGGCACUGUAACCAGCAGAAUGCCGCCAUAGAGGACUUCUAUCUGGGAAAUUGUCAGGAUCCUCUCUGGCCCCCACCAGCAUAUUCAACCUGAAAGUGAGGGGAAAUUGCACUUUCUUGCCCCAUUAAAAAAAAAUAUUAAAAAUCUCAAGGAUGAAGUGUCCUGCAUGCACACUACACUUGCCUAGGUACCCCCUAAAGCAAAUUUAGAAUUGAGACUCAAAGCCUUCUCUUAUAAAUUGACUCUAAAAGUUAAACUCUCAGUGAUCUUGAGCAUUACAUUUCGAAGUCCAAGGAACAAAAAUGUGCAAAAUGUCUAGAGCACAAUACAAGGUAUAUGUACAUCAUUAAAGAUCCGUGUUUGGCCCAAGGAGCUAGUCUGCAACUGUAUAACCAAAAUGUUUCAUUCACCAUGACACAAAGAUCGCCGUCGUAGUUAAACCAAGUAAAAUAAAAUGGACAAAUGUAUUCAUACUUACCGUAAUUUUAUUUUCCUGGCUAUUAAUCAUGGCAGCAUAUACAAAUACAACAGUUUAUAUAUGCUGCCAUGAUUAGCCAGGAAAAAUAAUAUAAACAUGGGAUCUGGCAAUGCCAAUACAUAGAGGUAAGCAUGCAAAAAAAGGCUAUUCAAUGUGGUCAAGUAAUCAAUUUUACAAUUAUUUCAACACUUGAGAUGGACUGGCUCAUAUAUAUUGAAAAUUAAUUUCUUACUUUUUUUUCUUAAUUUUCUUUUGUUUAUUAGGAUUCAGCAGCUUUUUGUGGAGAUACUGGCAAACAGUAGACAAUUAAAGUGGCUUUCCUGUGGGUUCAUGUUGGAGAUAGUCACACCGACCUCUUUGUCUUCAUUAACCAAUCCAGUGGCAAACACCAUUGAACAUCUGAGUUUACUGGAUAAUCACAGUCCUGCGAGCACCACCUUAAUAACCGCCAUUGAAAUAGAGCGCUUUGUUCAUCUGCGUUCCCUUGCUUUAGACUUUUGUGACUUUACUGCAGAAAUGGCAAGAGUGUUGGCCAACAAUAACCAUGUGCCUUUGCAUAGACUAUCUCUUCUGGUCCACCACACUUCCCUGAAGACUAAGACCUUGAACAAAAUGCCUGAAGACGAGGAUUGGAAGGCCCUCACUCGAAAUAGCGCAAAUCUCCGUGUCUACAUGAUGGCAUUCGAUGUCAAGAGCGAUGAUAUGCUUAGAAUCCUGAAGCCUAGUAUACCACUGGAGAGAAUUCACUUUGACAGCUACCUGACAUACGUAUCUGGAGCAGUUGUUGAUCUCAUAACCAGACAAUAUGAUACAUUCCUAACUCACUUCAUCUUGAUGAACGAUGUCAACGAUAUGUCUGGAUUUCCGGACCUCAGUGAAAAUAGAAAUGAAGAUCCUUUGGUUCUCUUGGCUUGGAGGUGCAUGCGGCUCUCUCUUCUGGCAAUUCAUGGUAAGGAAAUAUCUGCAAAACUUUGCGGUCUUUUUAUUUUAUUUUGUCUCCAAAAGAAACACAGAAGACAUUACAGAGGAUGUACAUCUUGGCAUACACAAUAAAAAUAUAGAGUUGGGUAAUAAUAAAACAAAGUGUAAGGUAUCAGACGUCAGAGGGAGGUAUACAUUGACCAUCUAUGUCAAAGUUUUUAGCGGCUAUAAAGCUUCCAAGUUGCACUGGUUGGGGGAGUGGUGUAUGGUCUAGGUAACUAAAGAUGACGAUAAAGGAACAUCUCUUAGUAUAGGAGAUAGAUUUUACCAGGUAUGUAUACAUGCCAAGAUUGAGAUAACAAUAUGAGUAACAAUCUGUCCCUGUCUUUAGAGGAUUUUAGGCGUAAUAAGAAAAUCCAAAGAGGAGGGAUGUGAGAGAUUCAAAGAGAAAGGGGGAGAUAAGACAGGAAGGAAGACAGCGGGGAGAAGAAGAGUGAAGGCAGGUGGGGGUCUCUGGACGGUGCCGUACAGUGGAGUAUCUAUAGGUCCUCUAGGCGGAGAGGGGAGGGGAGCGCAAAGGGUGUUUCCCAUCAGACAUUCACAUCGUUUUCCCAGGGUUCCUAGACUUUAGUGAAGGUCUUCAUGGACCCUCGGACCUGGGCCAUUAGUUUGUCCAUGAUGUAUUGUUCUUUAAUUUUAAGAAUAACUGUAUUCAUGGGAGGGGUAGUGGAUUUCAGCCAGUCUUGAGUGAAGGCCUGGCUAGCGGCUAGCGUAAUUUUGUUAAAAAGUUGCUGCUCCACCCUGGUCCAGUUGUCAAGCGGUUUAGUGAGCAGGAAAGCCUGUUGGUUCAGGUCUAUAUGUUUAGGGAAAAUUUGGGAUAUGAGUGCCUCCAGUCAAAAUUUAUAGACCUUCGGGCAGCUCCACUUCAUGUUUAUAGGUUCCCUUAGACCCGCAGUCUCUCAAACAGACAUAGCGAAGGUCACCCCAGGCUUUAGCAUUUGAGCAGAGGUGGGAGUAGAGUCGAGUGAUCAUGCCUUUUUGGUAGAUUUCAGCAUUCCAUAUGUUUUGGGCUUGUGCUGCCAUUCUAACGGCGAGUUGGCCUGCAAAGUUACGAAUUUGGAGAUAUCUAAAGAAGUCAGCUGGAGUCCGGGUAGUUCUGCUUUGCAGUUCUGAAAGUCACUAUGGCUCCGCUGUGGUAUACGUGAUAUAAUCUCUGCAGCCCCGCAUUUUCCAUGUCUCUAAAGUCUCUGGCCCUCAUGGCUGGGACAAAGGCCCUGUUGCGGUAUAUAGGGGUAAGCGGUGAAGGGGAGGAGAUCAGCCCGAAUUUAUGUACCAAUUUAUCCAAAAUCUGGAUAAAGUUGGUUACGGAUGGACAGUCUGUUCGCAAGAGAAUUGAAGAAGGUCUGAUCCCAUCAAUAGGGAUUCCAGAUCUACCUAUCGCCUGCUGUCAGGGGGGAGUGCCAGAGGGCUGUUUGCAUCAGUUGGGCCACUAGGUAGUUAAAGUGGAGGUGGGGUAGACCAAAUGCCCCUCUGGUUUUUGGUCUACAGAGUGUGUUGCCAGAGACUUUUGUCGUGACAUAUGAAACAGCCUAUUGCUUUCUGGAGGGGUGGGGGGGGGGCUAGGUGAUGAUUUUAUAUAGGGAGAGGUAGAGCCUGAAAGAGGAAAAGUAUUCAAGGCAGAAUGUUCAUCCUGAUGGAGUGAAUUCUGCCUGUCCAGGAUAGAGGUUUGUCUGCCCAAGUCUCCAUAUCUGAGAUUAAUGUGUUUAUCAUGGGUGUGUAGUUCAAUUGAUGAAGUUGAGCAGGAUCGGUCGAGAAGUUGAUACGAGAUACUUAAUGGAUGUGUAUGAAGUUUAGCUGUGAUAGGAGCUUUCUAUUUGUGCCAUGUCCGCCUGGAUUUGCUCAUGUUCACCGUGUAGUCUGAUAUGGCCCCAAAAGAGGUGAGGAGUGGAAUUAGGGCCUGCAUGGUGCCGGGUUGGUCAAUGUGAGGAGUACAUAUUGUCUGUGUAAACCAAUACAAGGAAUUGUUGGUUCCCUAUGCUUGCUCCAUGGACUUGGGGAUGAUCACGUAUCGCCUGAAGUAAGGGUUCGAGCAUCAGGAUGAACAGUAAGGGUGACGGGACAACCCUAUCGGGUUGUGCAGUCUUUUUUUAAGGUUUUUUCACAAUUAUUUUAUCUGUUCUUAAAAUGUUUUGUUUCCCUCUGGGCACAGCAUUAAUCAAGGCAUUGUGCCCAUGUGUUACUAAAGAUAUGUACAGUGUCUCAGAUUUGCAGGUUUAAGAUAAUGUUACGAACGCUGAUAUUGCAGAUACCUGUUAGUCUAUUUCCUCAUGAACUGCUGAAGCUUGAGUAAUUAUAGCUCGCAGUUCGGGUGUAGAUUCGAACGUUUCCCAGAUGAAUGCAGCAUCCAAGCAGUUUCUCCACAGCAAGUAGAUGGUUACCCAAUCAUCAGCCUAGACUAAAUGAAGGGUACAACAGGAAUAAUUUCAAUGGGACCACACUUGGCUUUUUAUGCAAGUCCCCAUGCAAGGGGCACUCCCACAUGGACCUUGUGGGGGACUACAACACAGUCACAGACCAAUAACAAAAUGUUACAAAGCAUGACACUCCCCUACAUACAAUACAACCCCUCCCCUCUGCCUGGGAGAUAAUUGAAUCAGAUACUGUAUUAACUUAAUUAUCUCCAGGCAGAAAAAACACAUUUCCAUAAAACCCCAAAACACACAAAAUCCCCAAAAAUGUCAUAUUCCGUCAUAGCCCUGAUCUGGGUGACCAACAUAUCCAUAUGGUCGGUGUUUGGUAGUUUCAACUAACGAACGGGGGAAAAUCUAAAUAAGGCGUAAACAGGGUAGUUUCUUCACAGAUCAUUUUUACAAAGUAAGAUAUCUGCGUAGAGUUGUUGCAGCAUAACCUAAUGUGCUCAUUGGUCAUGCAGUAGCAUGGUUGUGUAAAGAGCAGGGGGAAAAAAUACAAAAGUAAAAUAAUAAAUUUAUGUAUAUCUGAAGUUUUAAUUAUUUUCUUUUGUCAACAGCCUAGGUAUGCAAGUUAUUUCCUUGCCUAGAGCAAAUACUUUGCUCACAGGGAUCAACCGCUUAAAGGAUCACUAUAGUGUCAGGAAAACAAAGCGGUUUUCCUGACACUAGUACCCUGAGGGUGCCCUCACCCUCAUGGUCCCCCUCCCGUGGCUUACCUUAUUCCAGCAGCUUACCUCAUUCCAGCGCCGGGCUCCCUCGGCCCUGGCGACCUCUCCUCCCCCGCCGAUGUCAGCGGAGCCGAUUGCGCAUGCGCGGCAAGUGCCGCGCACGCAUUCAAAGUGUCCAUAGGAAAGCAUUUCUCAAUGCUUUCCUAUGGACGCUCUGCGCGAUGGAGGCAUAAUAUGCCUCCAUCAUCGCAGAUGUGCCUCUAGUGGCUGUCAGGAAGACAGCCACUAGAGGCUUGAUUAACCCCUAAUGUAAACAUAGUAGUUUCUCUGAAACUGCUAUUUUUGCAUCUGAAGGGUUAAAACCUGAGCUGAAGUGGUCUGGGUGACUAUAGUGUCCCUUUAAAGGGAAACUCCAUGCACCAUAACCACUUCAGGAUCUCUGCCAGCGUAUCUUUAGGAGUUAAACCAUUAAUGAACAGUUUAACCCCAAAUCUUCUCUCUAGUGCCGUUUUAGCUCUGCACCCUCCACAUCCACUUUUCUGUUCUUUUGAAAAUGGGAAACCUUGGACAGAGGCCCUGCUGAUUGUCUUAGAGUCUCAAAUAACGCUUUAAACCAGUCACUAGGUUCACAUUGAAGAAACAGCUUGAGAAACAUGCUUAGUUUUUCUUAAGCCGUAUUUGAAUGGGGAGCUGACACUCUAAGCCAAUCAGCAGUGAGGCUGUCUGAUCCCAGAGAAGUCCCAGCACACAAGUGCUCAAUGUACGGCCGUUUUAUUGGAUCUUUGUGUGCAACAGCAAUUUUUUCGACCUCACACUGAGGUCGUCAAUGUCGACACAUUGCUGUUAUAAACGGAGAUCCAAUAAAACUGCCAUACGUUGAGCCCUUGCGUGCUGAGACUUAUUCCUGAUUUCUAACAAACAGGGAGGUGUUAGUGUCCCUUUAAAGUAUGUCUAUUUGAAGCCUCCUAUGACAUAAUCCAACCAGCUACUUUAAGUAAUUAGUCUCAGGGCAAGGCUUUGUUUAUUACAUUUUGUUAAACGUAUGUAUAAGAUACAUAGCGGAUUUGACCCAUAUAGUGGCUAGAUCGGGGCUUUAAUAUUUCCAUUUGCCACUAGCAAUUAGCAAGUAAACAUGUGGGCCUAUAGAAUAGUUCACCCUUCAUGAGUGUUCCAUGUACUCUCUAGCCUUGAAACGGCAAGUGACUUCUAAAGCUUGGCUAGUACUUAGGGCUUGAAAUUUUGACUUUCAUUACUUUAAUCAAUGAAAUAGUUUGAAAUGAUCCACUAAAACUUAAAUAAAAAUGUUAGUUCCCAAACUUUACGUUGGAUCUUCAGGAUUUGUUUUUCACCUUCAUCAUUUUGGGUGUUGCUGCUUUACACAUCACUUUUCCAGGAAUCGAAACGCAUUGCAUCGCUUUAAUAACCUGUUUGUCACCGACUUUUUCUGCCCUGACAAACUUCUGUUUUGUUUUUUUUCUUUUCAUUAUUCAGGUUAUACGGUUUGGGCGCACAACCUAAUAGCAAUUGCUCGCCUGCGAGGGCCUGAUCUCAAGAUGCUGGAAGUGACAGAAGAAAGCAUAGACUUUGACCAAAGUGAGCUCGCCGAUCAAGAUGUGGAUCCGGUGCAUAAUCUCAUAGAGCAGGUAUCAAUUGGACUUGCUCGACCAUGGCGUGCCGUGAUGGACAUCGAGCUGCUUAGCGUAUUCACAGAACCUGCCCGCCACUUUUACAGAGAGAUGCAAAACUUCAGCGAAGGCAUUUAGCUAUUUCCCCAACUUUUUCUUUCCUUUUUUUUUUUUCCUUUUUCUUUUUUUUUUUUUUUUUUUUUUUUCUUCCUAGCGCUUUUCCUGUGGUUACAUAUGCAAAUAGGGUUAUUUUUCAGGUUUUUUUAUUUUUGUUUUGUUUUUUCUUAGUAGUGUGAAUUAACCCUUUUGUGCUGUGUUUAAUCAGUAUUAGCUAUAUAAAAUUGUGUGUAUCUACUUCUUGAUCAAAACAAACUAGGAAAAAGUUGGGUAUUGGUUUAGAAGUUGGGAAGCGUCUGCCAUCUUUUUGGGGCUUUCGCAGUUUGAAGUAUUUCUCGUGGGCGCCCUAACGCAGCAGCCUGUGGCAUAGAGCAUCCGUUCUUCUACUCUGGAAGCCUGUAUGGAUAAGCUGCACCCAAAAAUGGUGCAGCUAAGAUUGAGAGCACUUACCUAAAGGAUUUAUUCAUUUUAUUGUCUACGUGCUAUAAGUUGCGUUGCCUUUCUGGAGACCAAUAAAUAGGUUUUAUCCAAGAGAAAACCUAUAAUGUGCAGGGACUCUUGAAAUGUGUUCGGUCUCUAAAUUGAGGAUACUUGAAAAAAACAGAGAGGUUGAGUGUUUAGUUUUUUUGUUUUUUAUAUAUAUAUAUAUACAUAUAUAUAUGGUGCAAAGAUAAUGAGAAUUAUGUUGCGCCCAUGGAGACUUCUUGGGCCCUUCUUUACUGAAAACAAAAUGUUUUGCAGGUGUUCAUAAGGCCUGCACGUGGAGAAUGGUCUGUUAUCAGAUGCUUAGGAGAACACACAAAGGUUUUUUUUUCUCAGGUUGCUAAAUAUCCUUCGUACGUGCAUUUUUUUUUACCAAGUAAAUAUGCAUUCGUGUGCUUUUUAUCUGUACGUGUUGAGUGCUUUUGCUCAGGAUCCAAAUCAUUAUUUUUUUAAAUAUCUGUAUCCCUGUGGGUAUGUAUAUAAUGCACAGUUAUGUAUUUUACAGACUUGCUUUUUACUUGGUAAAGAAGAAAAUGUUGCAGAUUUCUGAGGACAAAUAUGACUAAAAAGGCAACUCGGUUGAAAACUAGAAUUCCAAUCAAGUACUUUGAUUCUUUGUAUUGUUACAACUUUUAGGUCUUCGUGUGAAUAAUUAGCCUCUCUAUGUGCAACUCUGUGGCACUCCAAUCUUCUUAUUUUUCCCUUCAACUCAACUUCCAGAGCAUGACGUGUUUUUGGUUUCCGCUCCCUGAAAUAGAUUUAGGUUGUCUUGGCUUUCUUCUUAUAAAAGAGAAAAGAGACUUCACUUUUGGGGAGCAAACUUACCAGAGCUAAGUAUUGAUACAUGUGUAAGCAAACUUUUCCUUUUCCUUAUCCUUUUUUUUUUAUUUAUUUUUUUUCCUUUUGUUUUUUGUUUCAGUCUUCUUUUAGUCAUGAGAUCCCUGGCAAUUGAGUCACUGGAUUUUCUCUGUCAGCACCUGUUUCAGCUGCCAAAGAAUAGAUUAAAAUAAUGAAUGAAGUGCCCACAUCCUGGCAGGGCCCGGUCACCACCAGACCGGCAAGAGCGCUGCUAGAUUGUAAUUUGAAAAAGGAAAAAAAAACACAAAAGGUUGGAAUACAACCUGCAGUACGCAGCUGUGCUGUGACUCUGUCACAACCUCAGAACCUACACUAACAUGCACCUGUUUCACUGUGACUAGAGAAUGUAAAGAGAGAGAACGAUAUACAAGCUUGUUCGAUCACUGGUGGAAGCUGCUAGAAUGCAAUGAUAAAACAUUCCAUGACGUUUGUUUUAAUACCUUGUUAUAUCUGAGCGGCUUUAAAAGCCGAUAUAACUGUUUCAGGGCAACCGCGGUACGGACGUGGUCUCUGUGAGACUUCCAUCUGAACCCAGUUUUAAGUGGUACGAAUGUUGUGCAUUUAAUGAUAAAAAAAAGGACAGUCUGCAAUAAUAACAGCUAGUGGCCAUCACGGGUGCCCAGCAGUGCUGAGACCUGGCUACUCCACUGUACGCUUUGGAAAUCCAUUUAUGCAACAGAUGUCCGGAUAUGAUUCUAUUUAUGGGAAAAAAAUAGUUUAUAUGUGUUUUACAAAUGGUUUUACCAUCUUAUAUUUAAAAUAUGACCUUUGACAGGUGUGCGCUGUUUUGUCUCCAGUGAGCACAUACCAUGCAGAUUUUAUAUGUACAUCAGUAUAGAGGAUCCACCGGCACAGUGCGUGGGGAUUAACACGCCAGAUGUGGUGAUAUUUUAUCUUAGAAAUGCGAUCGGAUAAAAUGGGGAAGGGGGGGAAACAGAACUGACAAAUAUGAGGAAACCAGCCGAAAUGUUUGAAAUGACUGUUUGGUUUAUGUUAAAUGUUUAAUCUUUUAAUCAAUGAAUAAAGCAUUAAAAAGACUGUACUGCCUUGUCUGUUAUUUCAAGACACUAGCCCAUUGCGGUUUAAAGCAGUCAUUCUGAAUGUAGAAAACGCUUUGUAGGCAUGGUCCAAACAAGGGAAAACCUACCUGCGAUCCCACAAGGCCAUGUUUUCCCUUCAAUGGAGGAAGAAGCGCCCUGAAGUCUUG